CAAUAUGAGAGAAUUUCCGUCCAGAAUUCUACAAAGAUGACCUGGAAAUUUAUUUAAUUUGGGGUGAUGGUACUCUUGAAGAAACUAUCUUACAAUAGUUGCCAAUUUGCAAUAGUUGCCAAUGGUUUGUGAUAGAGGAUUUCUAGCGAGGAGGCCCCUGAUACACAAGCAUGAUGAAAUGGCAGCCAGCAAAAAAGGCCUAUUAUCGUCAGGGUGUGGCCCUGCAGUGUCUUGGUCGCCAUGCCGAUGCGUUGGCUGCAUUUUCCUCCGGUCUGGCCCAGGAUCCCAAGAGUCUUCAGCUCCUGGCUGGUCUUGUGGAAGCGGCUGUCAAGUCACCACUCAAAGACAACUUCGAGCCGACCUACAAGCAGCUAGUCUCUAUGAACCUGGAUAAGAGUCCGUUUGUAAUCAUCUCCGUGAUUGGUCAAGAGCUCCUAGCCGCCGGCUAUCAUGCAUCCUCAUUGGUCGUUCUGGAGUCUGCACUCAAGAUAGGUUCAAGUAGUCUGAAGCUACGAGGCUCUGUCUUCUCGGCGUUGAGCAGUGCGCACUGGGGCCUCGGAAACACGGAGAAGGCUAUCUCAUACAUGCACCAAGACCUGUCAGUCGCAAAAUCACUCAGUGACCAUGUGGGUGAAUGUAGGGCCCAUGGAAACCUGGGAGCAGCGUACUUCUCCCAGGGCAACUACAAAGAAGCCUUAACUCACCAUCACUUCCAACUCUACCUAGCUAUGAAACAGAAAGACCGGAACGUAGCAGCAUCAGCACUCAGUAGUUUAGGUCACGUAUACUCAGCAAUUGGAGACUUCCCCAAUGCACUCACAACACACAAGCAGUGUGUCACUCUGGCACGACAACUCAACGACAAGCAGUUUGAAGCUCGGGAGAUUGGCAACGUUGGCGCCGUCCAACUCGCACUUGGAGACUUUGACAAGGCACUGGAGUGCCACAAAAAGCACCUGGACAUCGCCAAACAGCUAGAGAAUAGAACCGAAGAGGCCCGGGCCUACAGUAAUUUAGGAAGCGCUUACCAUUAUCAGCGGAACUUUGAAAAGGCAUCGCAUUACCACAGUGAGGUGCUGACGAUCGCGAAGGGACAGGAAAAUCGUGCAAUGGAGGCGAGAGCCUAUGCAGGACUUGGCCACGCUGCCAGGUGUUCGGGGGAUCUGAACACGGGUAAGCAGUGCCAUGAACAGCAACUCAAUAUAUCACUCAGCACCAAAGACAAGGUCACGGAAGCGAGGGCGUGUUCUAACCUGGGGAUCGUGUAUCAGCAGCAGGGACAAUACGAGACCGCGCUGAAGUGGCACAAAGCACAUAUGAACAUAGCCACGGAGAUGAACGACCGUGCUAGCAUGGGACGUGCGUACGGUAACAUGGGCAAUGCGUACAGUGCCUUGAACCAGCAUGAACAAGCUAUCAAGUACCACAAGCAGGAGCUGACCAUCUCGCGCGAGGUUAACGAUAGGGGUGCAGAAGCAUGCACCCAUGGUAAUCUCGCUGUUGCCUAUCAGGCGAUGAACAUCAAGGAUAAAGCCAUGGAGCAUUAUCAGAGCCAUUUGUCAAUAGCGGGUGAAUUGAAGGACAAAGCCAGUGAGGCAAGAGCAUUGAGCAACCUUGGUAACUAUCACAGUUCUAGAGGGGAGUUCCAACAAGCGAUUCCAUUCUAUGAGCGAUACCUUGCAUUAGCGAAGGAGGUCAAAGAUCUCGAAGGACAAGGCAAAGCAUACCAUAAUCUAGGAUAUGCUCUCUACUCCUUAGGGAACUAUAAGGCUGCUGUUCAAUACUAUGAGAAAGAUCUCUUGCUUGCCAGGGAUCAGAAAGACAAAGUUUGGAUGGGAAGGGCCUAUUGCAAUCUGGGUUUGGCUUACAGGACGUUAGGUAACUUUGAGAGGGCCGAAGACUGCCAGAAGUGCUUCUUGACGAUCACACAGCAGGUCAAGAAUGCUCCUGGCAAGUUUAGGGCUUUGGGAAACCUUGGGGACAUCUUCAUGGCCAAAAAGGAUACAGAAGGUGCAGUGAGGUUCUAUGAGCAACAGUUACAACUCGCGAAAGUGGUCAGCAACAAGGCGCUGGAAGCAACUGCGUUUGGUGCGCUCGGUGCUGCUCAGAGAAAACUGAAACAUUAUGACAAAGCACUGGCACACCACACACAAGAAUUGCAGUUGUAUCAAGAGCUCAAUGAUCUUAAAGGAGAAUGCAAGGCUCAUAGCCACUUAGGUGCUGUACAUACCUCCCUAGGAAAAUUCCUUGAUGCUUUUAAAUGCUAUGAGGAACAACUGGAGAGAGCACGCGAGCUUAAUGAUGGACCCAUUCAGGCACAAGCCUAUGGCAAUCUUGGUAUUACCAAAAUGAACAUGAACCUCUUUGAAGAUGCUCUAGGCUAUUUUGAGGAACAACUUGGAGCUCUUGAACAAGUAGGAGGCAAUGUGGUGCUACAAAAUCGUGCAAGUGCUUUUGCAAACCUUGCAGAGUGCUAUGAAGCACUGAAUGAUCUUGAGGAAGCAAUAAAGUGUUAUGAACAGUACCUACUUAUAGCACAAAGUAUAAGGAAUCUAGAAGAGCAGGACAAAGCUUACCAUGGUCUAGGGAACGUCCAUCGCUCACUGGGAAACCUGCAACAAGCCUCUUUCUGUUAUGAGAAACGUCUACUUUUAGCACAUGAAACAAACUCUGCAACAGCCAAAGCAUCAGCUUAUGGUGAGCUUGGUUGUUUACAUAGUCUCAUGGGUAACUUUGAACAAGCGGUAUCUUGUCUUGAAAAUCAAAUGAGGAUAACACUUGAAGCAAAUGAUAAAGCAGGGCAAGCAGAUGCUGCUUGUGGACUAGGUGGUGUGUAUCAGCAAAUGGGAGAGUUUGAGAAGGCUCUUGAGUUUCAUGAGGAUGACUUGAAGAUUGCAGAGGAAACCAAUAACCUUUCUUGUCAGGGUAGGGCCUUUGGAAACUUAGGAGUGACCCAUGAAUCACUGGGGAACUACCAGAAAGCAAUUGUCUAUCAAGAACAACAUCUCAGUAUAGCCGCCCAGGUCAAUGAUAGAGUAGCGAAGACCUUGGCCUAUGCCAGCUUAGGUAGGGUACACCAUGCCCUGGGUAACCACACCCAAAGUGUCACCUACUUCAAGCAGGGACUGCAGAUUGCAAACCAACUCGGUCGCAGGGAGGACGAGGCCAAGAUCCGGCACCGACUCGGUCUCGCCCUCUGGUCUAUCUCCAAGCUGGAGGAUGCACAACAUGAGCUCUACCGCGCUGCAGAGAUCUUCGAGGAGAUCCGAAGAGACGCCCAUGGAAGCGGAGAGUACAAGAUCUCACUCUUUGAUGCUCAGUCCGCAUCCUAUCAAGCCCUUCAGCGUGUCCUAGUGGCCCUUGAUCGCGCGGAUGAAGCUUUGGCAGUCGCAGAGCGUGGACGGACAAGAGCUUUUGUGGACCUGCUGAUGGAACGUCAGACUGGAAAUGAGACGGCAUCUAUGGACACGACUCUCAUUACCAAUGAUCAGAUACAAGACCUUGUCAGCAGGCAGAAUGCUCACAUCCUCUAUUUCUCUAUUGCUGACGGUCAUCUGUAUAGCUGGCUGAUGAAUCCAUCGGAUGGUAUUGUCAAGUUCCAUGAUUGUGACUUAGCCCACAUUGACAAGGACACCAAGGCUGAUGACCAAUCCUCCACAGCGUCCUCCACCACCUCCCUGCCUUCCCUGAACCUGACCAACGGCAUCUCCUACUCCUGCACCGCACUCCUGGAGCAGUACAUCAGUCAUGCCCGGGAAGCCCUGGGGGUGGACACCCACAUCCAUUACAACGGGGACAUCACCAGCGAGACGGAGUCGGAGGCUGACGAUCUCCUGCAGCAGCACUUGGAAGAGCUAUCCGCCAAGCUGGACUCGGACCGGAGCGGCUUCCUGCGUCUCACCAACCGCAAUAACAUCAUCAACAGUUCAUCCCGUAGCAUUGCCAGCCUGGCAAGUCAGCUGAGUGGUGGGUUAGGAAGCCUCAACGGGAGCAUCGCCAGACGAGAAGCAGCCAACAAGCUUCUGAGGCACAAGUCGUGGUCUGGCAAGCCUCCGUUGAGGGCGCUGUAUGAUGUCUUGAUUGCACCAUUAGAAGAUGCCCUGCCACAACCCAAUGGACCUGAUACGCCAAGAACAGAUCUUGUGUUGGUGCUAGAAGGAGACCUGUACUUAGUGCCUUUCUCCAUCCUCAAGGGAGGCUCCUCCACCGAAUCCUUCCACGAGCGCUUCAAUGUUCGGAUGGUCCCCUCUCUUCGUGCGCUGAACCUUAACAUGUACUGGGAGCAGCGAUCUCCGACCAGCAGUGGCAUGCAGCCUGCCCUGGUGGUGGCCAACCCUAAGCUUCCUACCAGCGUCAUCGACAAGUGGGGUUGGAGCGGGAUGGCUGGCUCAGAACAGGAGGCAUCAACUGUAUCAGAACUUCUCGGGGUCAAACCACUGACUGGUGCCUCGGCCACCAAAGAGGGAGUCCUUCAUGCCAUCGAGAGUGCCGAGUGCCUCCAUUUUGCUACUCAUGUUUCCUGGAAGCUUUCGGCUCUAGUGCUAUCACCCAAAGAUCCUACCCCGAUAUUGAGUGCCUCUCCAAUCCAUCUUACAAGUGCCAAUAGUCCCAACUCUCCUGAGCAGCUGGACCUGAACGACAUGAACAGUCCCGAGCCCCACGCUCGCAACGGCUCCCGCUCUGACAUCCCCUCGCUGAGUGACUUCCUCCUAACAGCAGCUGACAUCCUGGAUCUCCAUCUCACCGCCAAGCUUGUGGUCCUUAGUCCCUACGGCAACGAGGGGCGUGGUGGCGGCGGCCGCAUCACCUCCGACUCUGUCAUCGGCCUGGCCCGCUCGUUCCUGGCGGCGGGGGCCCAGAGCGUCUUGGUCCCCCUCUGGUCCAUGCCAGAGUCGGCGGUUCAAGUCUUCGUCAGGGCCCUCUACGAUAAGCUCCUGGGCGGGAGCAAGGCCAGCGUGGCUGUGGCAGAGGCCAUGAAGAGCGUCCGGGAGGUGAAGCAGUUUGCGCAUCCGUCCAACUGGGCGGGGUUUGCUCUCGUGGGCUGUGAUGCGAGGCUGAGCAACAAGAGCGCCAUGUUUGGUAACGCCCUGGGUGAUGUCCUGACCACGCCUUCCAAGUGCAGAGAUGCCCUGAGAGUACUGCUACAUCUGAUUGAGAAAUCCCUGCAGCGGAUCAACCGCGGUCAGACCAACCCCAUGUACACCACCCAGCCGAGCAUCACCAAGAGGGUGGGGCCGGUCAGGGGGUGGCAGGAGCUUCUCAAGUCCGUGGGCUUCAGAUUCGAGGAGGAGAUAUCUUCCUCCAUCCCGCCCUCCGUCUUCUUCCCUCAGUCGGACCCGGGAGACAGGCUCCUCCAGGCGAGCUCCAGUCUCCAGGCAUUGCUAGGACUCACCAAUCAAACCAACCUGGCUAUAUCCAAGCUUCUACCGUUCCCGGAGGCAGCUUUGGAAAUCAUUGAAAUGCUCCAGCAUGUGCAGUCCAAGUACUGCAGGGAUGGAGAGGGGGGCAUGCAGUUACCAGUCAACGUCAAGCUGUGGCAGACACCUGGAUGUCAUGAGCUUCUGUCUUCAUUAGGGUUCGAUGUGAUAGACAUGGGACCAGAGGAAGUCCUUCUCAUCACAAGGAAACAAGUCAGCAGAAGAUCCAUCCAUUACACCCUGCAGGGAUUGCUGGCUAUCUUCAAUCCAUCAGAAGCUCCCAAGACCUUGCCUUUGGAGAGUUUCUCCUCCAUGGAGAGUCUGAACUCUGAGACAUCCGGUACCUCUAUGUCUGGGAUGUCAGGGUUCUCCAUGUCAGCCAUGUCAGGAACAUCCAUCAUCUCCAGUCACUCCCUGAAGUCCGGAGAGGUGGUGGUGUCCAAACCCAACAAGGUCUCAUCAAGGUCUAUGAUGAGAAGCGUCAAGGAAGGCAGACAGAACCACCUUCAUGCAACAACUUCCACCCCGAAGGCACACAACUGGAGAGGGGAUUACUCCAGUACCAGCUUGACCUCGCUGGGUUUGAACAAUCCAGAGCUGUCACCGGUGUCGCCAAGUCCGCCUACCGUUCCUGAAGGGCGGAAGGAGAGAGAUGGCAGCAGGAGCGAUGAGCGGUUGGGUCAUCUGGGUAUUCCUCAAGAGGUCCUGGCCUUCCUGCAGGAUGAGAACGCCUUCAGUCCGGAAUCGGUGCCGCCGCCAAUAACGCUGAAGGCCGAAAGCCCUGUGUCAAUCAGUUCGCAGAGGUCGUCUAGAGAGUCGUUGAUUGGUGGUACGUAUUCACCUGUCGCAGGGACUGUUAAUCCUGCGUUCAUUGAUGAAACUGAUGAUAUGGUCAGUGAGCGUGGCUACACUCUUGCAGCCCUGAGACGGAUGAGUCCUACAGCCAGAGGAAAGCCUGUAGGCACCAGGCCCAGUAGGUCACCAUCACCAGGAGAUGUCUUCUUGCCAAACGCAGCUUCUACGAGUCUAGGACAGACGUCAAAGAACAGUAGCCGGGGCAAUAGCCCAUCAGGAAAACAGGUCGUAGCUGGAAAGACAAGACGUCAAAGUAGCACUGACAGUGUGGAGAGCACCACUAAGGGUGCGAGGCAGAAGAGCAGAACGUCCCCGCUGCAGGCGCUUGGUCAUGAGAACAUUGCCAUGAAGAUUCUGAAGGACACCAUGAAGCAUAUGACAGCCGUAGAACGCAUGCAGCAGUACUCUGAUCUCCAGCACAACAGAGAGAAGCUACGCAGAAACAGCAGCCAGGAUCGCGUGAGCCCCAUGGAACAAGAGACCAAAUUCAACAGUACUUCCAGCAGCAACAAUAACAACAGCGCAACCCCUAGCAAUAAAAGCGCUGCUCAGGUCAAUAAUCCUGUCUCUGCAACAGUGGUGGAGAGUAAGAUACAACACCAUACUGCCAAUGCAGCAAGCAUGGGCGCCCCUACCACUUCUUUGGUUGGUCGGUUGGAGAAGGCAGGAAAGAAGCCCCCUCCUCCCAUCAAAGCAAAGCCUCUCUUUGACAAUAAGCCUCGCAGUGGAGCUGGCAAUAAUCAAACUCCUCAUUCCAAACCAAAUGGCGUGAUUCCAAGUAGGACCAAUGGAUUUAGUCCUCAGGGAACCAACUCCACCCAUGGUCUGACAAGAACUAGUCUAGGACCUAUACCUUACAGGACUAACAAUAGCCAUCUCAGAGAAUCAAGGACUAGUGACAGUAGCGACAAGAGUUCUGAUUACCCUCGUAGUCCCAUCUCAAGUGAUCCUGACAGCAUCCGUCAUACCCCACCAUACAACAGCCAUUCCAUUCAUAACAAGUCCACCUUGCCACUCACCAAGCCUAUAAGCUACUCUUCACCGCCCGACUACAAACAAGUCAUGCUAUCCCGCCAAAAGGGCUUAAAUCCAAGCCCCAAUAGUAGUGUAGAUAACUCGAGCAGUUCACCUUCUAACCAAAUAUCCUCGAGCCAGAAUAUCAACCGACGACCUGGAAGCGCACUCAGCACCAACAGCAGCCUCUACUCAUCUACGUCCUCGAUACAAAGCGUCAUCCACGUCCCCAGCGUGGGGACUGCAAAUAGGCAGACCCCACCCCGACAGCUUGCCAUUGCCAGGCAGGGCAGUCUAGACAGCAAUGCCUCGACGGAUAGUCUAGGUCUUACCAUGAGCCCACGCACACCUCAGUCCCCCAACAGGCCUUUGAUGAAUGGAGGCAUCAGGUCGCCUCUCGCCUCCCCGAGGGAUCGCACCAAAGAUGGGGAACGCAAGAUUGUCGGGCAGAGGGUAUUCCAAUCAUCGCCUUGCUAACUGAGGCUACACCUCCAGUACUGUAAGAUAAUUAUUGUGUAUGAUGUCAGGUACAACAUCUAUCCUUCAAAAGACAACUAAAUGAAAACGGCAUAGAAUCAUUUGCUUGGAUUCUUGUUAGAUUUUGUUCCGACACAUGCUCCAAAACAACUCUAAACCAAGAAACAGUUGCCAGAAGUACUCAGCAACAAGAGUCACUUCACAAAAAAAUUAUUAUCCACUCAUAUACUAAACAGUAUGAGUAGGUGUUGAAGUAAUCAUUAUUGCGUUCUUUAAUAGAUGUAAUAAAAUUGGAAGAGGAAGUUUUAGCCCUAAUUUAUCAAAAAGGUGUGUGGCAACUGUUGUCGGUUAGGAAAUGAACAAUAACAGAUGGGGAGAAUGUGAUGAAGUGAAACACAUUUAUGUGAAUACUUUAGAUCUGUUAAAUUAUGGUGAAGUAUAUUGGUGAAUCAAUUCGGCACAUGGCUAUUAUACAAAUUUGUACAAAUGUACAUGCCCACCGACAUGACCAAAGACAGAACCCACAAAGAUAAACCAAGUGCUAAAUAACAUAAUUCCAUGAUUUGCUGUUAUUUUUAACAAAGGUUACACUUGUAUCUUUCCAAUUGGUUAUCAUGAAGACUCUUGUACUGUUGGGUAACUAUGAUUUCUAAGGAUGAUGUUUUCAGUUGGUAUGACUCUCAUUUUUAGAAAUCCUUUCCUUUUUUAAAGGAAACUGUAAUGUGCAACUCAUGGUAAAGUAAAGUGGAUUGGUUUGGUAUACACCAUAACAGGAAAAGAAUCAGAAUUUGCUGAAAUAGAAUGCACUUUUUUUAGUGACGCAGGGAUCUUUCUAUAAGUCCCUACAGGUAAUGCACACACUCACAUUUUUAUGCAUUUAUUAAUUUUGUAUUCAAAUGACAGAGAGAGAUCUGGAAAAAAAGAGUAAAAAUAAUUGGGAAAUAACAAAAAUAGAGAUAAUGAAAGAAGAGUACGGAGUGAAUUAUUUUUUAUGAUCCAGAAGGGUCUUAACUCUUUGUAAAAUUAUAACAGCCCUUCAGGCUCUCAACAGACUGUUUAUUACCUAAUCAAAAAUAAGCAAAAGCCACGCUACUAAUUGCUUAAAUAAUUUCUUAAUUUUCAUACAACUUGUAAUAGGCUUUCCAGGUAGCUUGCACUCUACAAAUAAAUAGUACUUGUUUCAUUGAGUUUACAGGGCCUUCUGGUCGGCCAUGGAGGAUUCCUUAUUUGGAAAUAAUUUGAUUAGAUUUCCAAGUGCCUAUGUGAUGAUAAUUUCCAUUUAUGGCAUUCCACUUUGUUUUGCUUGAUUUUACUGUAAUUUUUAACAGUAAUAAUAUUUAUACUCUGCCUCCUACAGAGACACGAUUUUUAUAUUCUAAUAUCUGCUAUUUUUGCAAAUGUAUUCCCCUGUUCGCUUUUGUAACCUCAACUUGCGGUCACAAUAUAUUUAUAGGUGUAUUCUAGUAUUCAAUUCCAUUCAAUGCUUCCACAAACUAUGACAUUUCAAAUGUUAUGCUAGAAAUUCAAAUUUAAUGAUGUAUUAUGAGUGUGCAAAAUUUAUAUCACCUGAUGUAUAUACUUUAUUAAUACUGUACAUAUGUAUAUAUAUAUAUGAAAUGUUGCUCAUUUUUAAACCAAAUUUUUACUGCAUUGCUGACAUUUAAAUUUAGAAGCAAGGUGUAUGUACAUUGAUGAUGCAAUGCUAAAGAGCAUUCUAUUUAUGUUUUUAAUUCACUAUUUAAGGCCGUGUAGUUCCUAUUUUAAAAACUUUUAUUCUCUGUUUGUGCUUUCAAUUUUAUUGUGUUGCGUUUUAUAUUAGAGGGCUAAUUUCAUAUUCUUAUAGCUUGGUUUUUGAA